UCACAAUACAUAUCGUUAUCGUUCUAUCGCCCAGCUCUAGCAUUACUUACUAAUGACGUUUGCUUUGCUUUCGUUCAGGUUCAUUCAAGAUGGCAAAGACGCUGCCCGACAGGGAGACCUGCACAGAGCGCUGGAGUUCUUCAGACUGGCUUACAACAUUCACCACAGUCACAAACUGGAAAGCCGGAUCAAAAAAAUCGAAGAGCUCAUCGCUGAGAAUGACUUGGAGGAAGAUGAUGACGAGUUUGUUAAUGUUAACAGCAGCGGUUUAAUGCUUUUUAAAGAGCUGUAUGACAAGCUGUACGACUACCAGAGGGAUGGAGUGGCCUUCUUGUACAGUCUCUACAGAGAUGGCCGGAAAGGCGGGAUUUUAGCUGAUGACAUGGGACUGGGCAAAACCAUCCAGGUGAUAUCAUUCCUCUCUGGCAUGUACGACAAUGAGCUGGCUAAACACACACUCCUGAUCAUGCCGACUUCCCUCAUCACAAACUGGACCAAGGAGUUCUCCAAAUGGACUCCGGGCAUGAGGGUGAAGGAGUUUCAUGGCAUCAGCAAAGGAGAGAGGACCAGGAAUCUGGAGAAAGUUCAGAGGAGGUGCGGCGUCAUCAUCACCACCUACACGAUGCUCUUAAACAACUGGCAGCAGCUGUCCACCUACAAUGGCAAAGAGUUCACAUGGGACUAUAUGAUCCUGGACGAGGCUCACAAGAUAAAAAGCACAACCACCAAAACCGCCAAAAGUGCCUACGCCAUACCGUCCAAGAACCGAGUUCUACUCACAGGAACUCCGGUCCAGAACAACCUGAGAGAAAUGUGGGCUCUCUUCGACUUUGCCUGUCAGGGCACCCUCCUCGGCAUGGCGAAAACAUUCAAAGCGGAGUACGAGAACCCCAUCACCCGGGCCCGGGAGAAGGACGCCACUCCAGGAGAAAAGGCGCUGGGAUCCCGGAUGUCAGAGAACCUGAUGGCAAUAAUAAAACCGUAUUUCCUGCGCAGGACAAAGUCCGAAGUACAGAAAAACAAAACAAACAGCACACGUAACAAGGAACACUUGGAGGAAAUGGAAGACCAUGUUCCAAACCUUGAAGCAGACUCUGGAGCGGUGAUGCCCAAAUUGACGAGAAAAAACGACCUGAUUGUCUGGACUUACCUGAGUGCCGUUCAGGAGGACAUCUACAGGCAGUUCAUAUCGCUGGACCACAUCAGAGAGCUCCUGCUGACCACCCGAUCGCCUCUAGCUGAGUUAAACAUUCUGAAAAAGCUGUGCGACCACCCGAGGCUCCUCUCUGCUGCCGCCAUAGCCAAGUUAGGCUUGGAGGAGAGUGCAGCUGACUGCCAGGAGACCACAGAGGCCAACGAUCACAGCAUCACCAGCGUUCCUGAUCACACCUUGAUCUCAGAGUCUGGGAAGAUGGUCUUUCUUUUCUCUCUCCUAGAUCGGCUCAGGCAGGAAGGCCACCGCACCCUCGUCUUUGCCCAUUACAGGAAGGUGCUCGACAUCAUCGAGCGCAUCCUGGGCAACAGAGGCUUCAAAGUGCUGCGGCUAGAUGGAACCAUCACUCAGAUCGCAGAGCGAGAGAGGCUCAUCUCUCUGUUCCAGACUGACAAACGGUACUCAGUCUUCCUCCUCACCACCCAGGUCGGUGGAGUCGGCAUCACCUUAACAGCAGCCGACAGGGUGGUCAUCUACGACCCCAGCUGGAACCCUGCGACAGACGCCCAGGCCGUUGACAGGGCGUACCGCAUAGGCCAGACUGAAAACGUCGUCGUCUACAGGCUGAUCACCUGCGGCACUGUGGAGGAGAAGAUUUACCGCCGGCAGGUUUUCAAAGACUCUCUUAUUAGGCAGAAUACCGGGGACAAGAAGAACCCGUUUCGGUACUUCAGCAAACAGGAGUUGAAGGAGCUCUUCACCUUGGAGGACACGCGGUCCUCCUCUACACAGCUCCAGCUUCAGGCGCUGCACGCCAGGCACCGGCGCACUGACCCUGAGCUCGACAAACAUAUCACACACCUCCACACCAUGGAGAUGUUUGGGAUUUCUGACCAUGACCUCAUGUUUACACUUGACAUCAACCACGACGAGGCCCUCGAGAACCAAGAGGAGCAUCAUUACAUCGAAGGGCGGGUCCAGAAGGCUCAGGAGCUCAUGAAGGCGGAGUCUGAGCUGCAGAUGCAGCUGGCAGAGAGCAUGGUGUCCAGCACGGAGCCGGCAUGGCUCCGAUACCCAGCAGACAACAACAGCCGGGAGCGGUCCCAUGAGAAGAAACCACAUCCUUCAUAUCCGAAGCAGGACACGAGCCUGGCCUGGUCUCCAGCUGUGGUGGAUUUGGAACAGACUGCUUCUGGGAAGGAGGCCACUCUGGAGAAUCUCAGCAAGGGAGUGAUUGAUCUGACUGCAGAGGAGAGCACAGCAGAGGUCAGCCACCAUAGCCUCGCUGAGCAGAACCUGGAUUCUCCGAAACACCCGUCAGUGAAGCUGGAAAGGAACUUGUUGGAGGCGGCAGAUCCGAUCGAGGUAUCUGUGGUGCUGAUGGAGGCUGGUGACGUAGCUGACACCUCAGUCAGAGAAGGACUCAAUGAAUCUGCGGCCGCGAGUCUGUAUGUUACAGCAGCCGAUGAAGAUGAGCAGAAGAUGAUGGGACAUUUGACCCUGAAGUACGAUGACUCCGAGAUGGAGCUGGGGUCUCCUCACGUCACUCCUCCAGAGAACAGAAGACUUUCCGCGCUGCGCGUCUCCAGUUUGAGCCUCGGAGCCGACACAUCAUCCAGAAUCUGCAGCGAGCUCGAGUCUUUGAAUGGCAACUUCAACCUACAGCUGGAGGACAGUGGCGCCGAUCACGGUGAGGCGGUGGUGCAGGAGGAGGAGGAGCUGCAGGAGGAGGAGGAGCUGCUGUCUCAGCUGCAGCUGGAGGGAAGUUUCGACGUGGGUAAAUCUCUUUGUGAGUGGCAGCAGAAAGAAGCAUCAAGUUACAGCGCGAGCAACGGCCGCUCCGUCAGCCUCAAUGAGUCACAUGACUCAGUCGUGGGUAUCAGGAAGAAAAAGGCUGCUGUGAUUUAUGACAGUGAAGAGGAGACGCAGGAGGAGGAUGAUGGGCAGCUUGAGAACUCCUUCCAGGUUUCCGGAGCAUCGACGCCAAAGUCAGCGUGCACUGGCACCACGCCGCUCCGUACUCGAAAGAGCAUUGGUGGAAACACGUCCGUGGCUUCUCACCGCUCCUUCCUCCAUUCCAUCAUUGAGGACAUGGACAACCAGGACAGCCAUGAAGAUGAUUUUGAUGCUUCGGAUGUCCAUUCAGAUGAGGCCGAAGAGGACAUGAUUGGUUUGGCUCAUGAUGAGGUUGAGGAGGAGGAACCCAGUGGAGAGACUGUAAACUCAGAGGAGGAGUUUGUAGAAGAGGAGAUGGAGGAGGAAUUUGAGGAGGAAGGAGACUUUGAGUCAGGAGACACUGAGGAAUAUGGAGAAGGGAGCCUCCUGGAGGAAACGUCCACCGAGCCUGAGUUGGUAUCAAACGAGGCGAUGGAUCAGUGCACCGCCGAGACAGGUGUAAAGGAGGUCGAGGACGAGAGCUAUGACUCGCUGGUGCAGCGAGGGCGGGAGUGCUACAGCAAAGCUGAGCUGGACGAGGCCCUGGACUUCUUCCUCAGAGCCAUCGACAUCAAACCCGGAGAUCCGGAGAUCCAGCUCAUGACCAUCCAGCUGUACCGGCAGCUGAGUCAGGUGGCGAGGAGAUCCUAACAGAAAAGGACGAUCGGGGCGGUGAGGUCAAGCUCUGCCGGCCCGCCGCUUCACGCCAAAGCUGUAAAUCUUUCAAACAUGUCUGCCGUGUUCGUCUUCUCCGUGAGAUCGCGCUGAGUGACUAAUGUUUCAACAGCUCAGCUGAUUGCAGAAAGCUUCCUGUUUGAACUUCUUCUUUCAGUAAUGUAACUAGAAUCAGGUGUGUGUCAUCAUCCACCACGAAAUGGUCAGUUUUCAUCUUUGAUCUGAUUUUCAUCUGUAACCUGUACUUAUUGUAAAAUACUUUGAAAUUUGUCAAAUUAAAAUUCAUAUUUCUGUCUAA